AACAGUCUGAAUCGUGUAAGUCUUUCUGUUUUGUUCACUCUUAGAAACGUCCUCAAGGUUUCCUUGGGGUGUUCAUAGUUUUAGGAGCAUGUUCUGGAAGGAAAACCCUUGUUUUUGGGGUACUUUUAAGGGUUUCCCCCAGAGAGAGAAACUGUAGGACCAUUUUAGAUGUAACUUUUUUCCCCCCUUAGACUGUAUCUACCUCCUUAACCAAAAACUAAGGGUUUGUUUUGCACUCUCAUACAACUUUAGGCUAUGUGAAACCAAAAAUGGGUGAUUGGAACUUUUUGGGAAGCAUCUUGGAGGAAGUUCACAUCCAUUCCACCAUUGUGGGCAAAAUCUGGCUGACCAUCCUCUUUAUCUUUCGCAUGCUGGUCCUUGGAGUUGCUGCUGAGGACGUCUGGGAUGAUGAGCAAAGUGAGUUUGUAUGUAACACGGAGCAGCCCGGGUGCAAGAAUGUCUGCUAUGACCAAGCUUUUCCCAUCUCCCUGAUCAGAUACUGGGUCCUGCAGAUCAUCUUUGUAUCCUCACCUUCUCUGGUGUACAUGGGCCAUGCGCUGUACCGGCUGCGUGCUCUGGAGAAGGAGAGGCAUAAGAAGAAAGCCCAGCUUAAAAUUGAGCUGGAGGGGAUGGAAGGCAUCUUUGAUGAACACAAAAGGAUUGAGAAGGAGCUGAGGAAACUGGAAGAACAGAAGAGAGUCAGGAAGGCCCCUCUGAGAGGUUCCUUACUGCGUACAUAUGUGUUUCAUAUUUUAACCAGGUCAGUGGUGGAAGUGGGCUUUAUACUGGGUCAAUAUGCCCUUUACGGUAUUGGACUGGCCCCACUGUACAAGUGUGAGAGAGACCCGUGUCCCAACAUUGUGGACUGUUUUGUGUCCAGGCCAACAGAGAAAAAUAUUUUCAUGAACUUCAUGCUGGGCAUUGCUGGGGUUUCCCUCUUCCUAAACAUCUUGGAGAUCUUUCACCUGGGAGUGAGAAAGAUCAAGCAGAGCAUAUAUGGCAAUGUGCAUGGUGGAGAUGAUGAGAGUCUUUUCAGAUCAAAGAAAAACUCCAUGGUGCAGCAAGCAUGUGUCCUUACAGACUGCCUGCCACAGAAAUAUGCACACAUGACCCAAACAUCCUAUGCCAUAGUGACCGAUGAGCAGAUGGAAGCUUUGCCACCCCAUAUGACCACUAGUCACCCUCUGCCCAUCCCUGAGGCACAAACCAGUGAUGCUCCUGGAUCUGAGCACACCAAACAGCCACGUAUCUCAAGCCAGAGUGAGUUCCAGGCCAAUGGUCAACUAGGGGCCACAGAGCGGCUUUCCACCAUGGACAACCGUGGCCACUCUUCCAGCAGCGACGACUCCGGACCCAAGGUAUCCGGCCCUCUGAAGGGUGCUUGUCAGCUACCUCGAGCGUCCCUCAGAGCCAGCAACAUCGAGAUCUCAACAUCCCUUCAGAACUCUGCACGCAAGCAAAGUCGGGUGAGUGCAUGCAAGGACCUGAGUGAGGAGAGUGAUUCGCCAGAACAGUACCCCACAGGUAGGAAAGCUAGCUUCAUGUCCCGAGGGCUUUCUGAAAGCAGACUGGCCAUUCAACUAGACAGUCCAGUGUCCAAAAGCGACUCAGAGUCAGAGGCCAAGCGGCUAGCUCAGAGUGAAAGUCCUGCCAUGACCCCUCCACCUGCCGGUGGGCGCCGCAUGUCAAUGGUAAGAACCUAUUCUCAGGACAAAAAGGUCAUCUGCAUGAGGUGUAUGUAAUGACAAGCACUCUUAAAAGCUUCAAUCUAGAACCAUAAAGCAUUUGGUUUAUCCCUUUAAAAUUCUGUCAUGUACUGUUUCUCGACCAGAGAGGGCUUUUAUAUUUUAGACUAAUUAGAGUACUUUAAGUAAGGAAUAAAGCAUCACAGGGGCAUGCUCUUAAAGGAAAAUAAUCAACAAUGUGGUCGUGUGAUUUGGCAUUAGUUCCUGUUCCCACCCGGAGCUGAUUAG